CCAACUGCAGGGACUCGAGGGGAUUCUUCUGUCCGGAUGUGACGGCCUGUUGACCCGGAUCAAGCAGGACGCUAGGGCAUUGGGGGGCCUCGGUCGCGGCUAUGGAGGAAGCCGGCUACAGGGUGGUCUUCGAGAAAGUGGGCGUAUAUCUGCACACCAGUGCCAAGAAGCACCAGGACCCCGACUCGCUCAUUGCGGGGGUCAUCCGCGUGGUGGAGAAGGACAAUGACGUUCUCCUAUACUGGGCCCCUGUCGAGGAGGCCGGAGACUCCAGCCAGAUCCUCUUUUCCAAGAAGGACUCAAGUGGGGGUGAUUCCUGCCCCCCUGAGGAAGAGCCCACCUUUGACCCGGGCUAUGAGCCUGACUGGGCUGUCAUUCAUCCCGUCCGCCCCCGGCCCCGCAGCACCGAGGCCUCUAGAGGUGUGGAGCCCAGCCCCCUGCGCAGUUCCUGGGCCUUCUCGGUGAGCCUGGGGGAGCUCAAGUCCAUCCGCCGGUCCAAGCCAGGCCUCGGCUGGGCUUACCUAGUGCUGGUCACGCAGGCUGGAGGCUCGUUGCCCGCCCUGCACUUCCACCGUGGGGGCACGCGUGCUCUGCUCCGGGUGCUCAGCCGCUACCUGCUGCUGGCCAGCUCCCCGCAGGACUCGCGCCUCUACCUGGUCUUCCCCCACGACUCCUCGGCGCUGUCCAAUUCUUUCCACCAGCUACAGCUUUUCGACCAGGACAGCUCCAAUGUGGUGUCGCGCUUCCUCCAGGACCCCUACUCCACCACUUUCAGCAGCUUCUCCCGCGUGACCAACUUCUUCCGGGGUGCCCUGCAGCCACACCCUGGGGGGGCCUCCCCAGACCUGCCCCCAGCCCCCGACGAGGAGCCGGAGCCUGGUUUCGAGGUCAUUUCCUGUGUGGAGCUGGGCCCACGACCGGCUGUGGAUCGGGGGUCUCCGGUCUCUGAGGAGGAGUGGGCCCGCCAUGUGGGUGCUGAGGGCCGUCUGCAGCAGGUGCCAGAGUUGAAAGCCCGCAUCUUCUCAGGGGGUCUGAGCCCCAACCUGAGGCGUGAGGCCUGGAAGUUUCUCCUGGGCUACCUGAGCUGGGAGGGCUCCACCGAGGAGCAUAAGGCCCAUGUGCGCAAGAAAACGGAUGAGUAUUUCCGCAUGAAGCUGCAGUGGAAAUCCGUGAGCCCCGAGCAGGAGCGGAGGAACUCGCUGCUGCAUGGCUACCGGAGCCUCAUCGAGAGGGACGUGAGCCGCACUGAUCGGAACAACAAAUUCUAUGAGGGCCCGGACAACCCGGGGCUGGGCCUGCUGCACGACAUUUUGCUCACCUACUGCAUGUACCACUUCGACCUGGGCUACGUCCAGGGCAUGAGUGACCUGCUCUCCCCGAUCCUCUACGUCACGCAGAACGAGGUGGACGCCUUCUGGUGCUUCUGCGGCUUCAUGGAGCUGGUGCACGGGAACUUCGAGGAAAGUCAGGAGACCAUGAAGAGGCAACUCGGGCAACUCUUACUGCUGCUGCGGGUGCUAGAUCCACUGCUCUGCGAUUUUCUGGACUCCCAGGACUCCGGCUCGCUCUGCUUCUGCUUCCGGUGGCUGCUCAUCUGGUUCAAGAGGGAAUUCCCCUUCCAGGACGUGCUCCGCUUGUGGGAGGUGCUGUGGACGGGGCUCCCGGGGCCCAACCUGCACCUGCUGGUGGCCUGCGCCAUCCUGGACAUGGAGCGAGACACCCUGAUGCUCUCAGGGUUCGGCUUCAACGAGAUCCUCAAGCACAUCAAUGAGCUGACCAUGAAGCUGAGCGUGGAGGACGUGCUGACCAGGGCCGAGGCCUUGUACCGGCAGCUCACGGCAUGCCCGGAGCUGCCCCACAACGUGCAGGAAGUCCUGGGACUGGCACCACCCCAAGAAGCGCACAGCCCCUCGCCACCCGCCUCGCCACUGCCGCUGUCCCCCACCCGGGCCCCUCGGGCCCCGCCACCCUCCAUGGAGCCCGCCGCGCAGCCCGACAGCAGCCUGGAGAUCCUGCCCGAGGAGGAGGAGGAGGAGGACGGAGGCGCCGACUCUUAACCUGGCGCAGCUGGCACGCAGGCACUUU